UAUCGGUCCGAGCUAUGCUUGGCGAAGAAAUACUGCUACCCAAUGCAUGCCGGUGCUGCUUGCUGGAGGACAAGGAUAUGGUGUAUGUGUUCGAUGUGUUGGAUGAGUUUGAAAUGCAAAUUAGUGAUCUAAUUGUCCGAAACGGUGCAGUAACGAUCAUGGAGAAUGAUUGCUUCUCGAAGCACAUCUGUGGCAAUUGCCUAAACGAUCUGGCAAUAGCGGAGCGGUUUGUACGUCGAUGUCAAAAAACACAGAACCUCCUGUUGGAACUUUCUAAAACGGAACCGGAAUCGACGGAGUCGUCUGAAGAGAAAAUGUUCAUCGUGUUGAACCCCGAUUCUUUGUAUGUUGAACCAAAUUCGCCUACGGGGGAGAUUGAAGAAGACUGUGAAAAUAUUAUGCUUACGGCGGACACAAAACAUACCAAAGAACUGGAAGCACUCUUUUGCGACAGUAAGGUAGAGGGAGAGUUUGAAGUAGGCGAAGAAAAUAAAACUGACCAACUUGAAGUCAUCGUUUCGGAAGACAUGCUUAUGGAUGAGGAUGGUUUCAUCGAGGCGGAAGCAAUAGCAAUCGACGAUGCAGUGUACCACAAUCUACUUCAGGACACCCAGCGCAGAUCCUCUGUUGAGCGAAUCGAGGAUUGUCCGGCAGAGAUGAUUCAGUUUGAAGAGCAUUUUAGCGAUAAUGAUACAGUUAGUAUCGUUGAAAGUGAGUACAAAUGCAGCGGAAAAGUGAAAAAUGAUUUUAAGCAUAGCUGCAGCAACUGUGGGGCAUCUUUCGUGACAACAAAAAACUAUGCGCGGCAUCUUAAAAUACACAAGAUCUUAGCGUGCCAUGGAUGUUUAAGGCAAUUUACUAGCGAAAAAGAAUUGGAUUUUCAUCAGCUCAAGUGUGUUAAAAGUGAAAGCGAAUUGGAAUCAAAUGCCGCAGAACCAACGCUAAUCCAAAAUGACCAGGAAAUUGCUUCAAACAGUAAAAAUCCAACGAGUCCAUCGCUUUCUCGAAGAAAACCUUUCGAGUGUUCUUACUGCAGCAAACGUUGGGUGUCCAUGUCAGCUCUAAUGGCGCACCGCCGUACCCACACUGGUGAGCGACCCUUUCAUUGCACCCACUGUCCUAAACGGUUCAAAACGACAGGCGGGCUGGAUCUUCACGAGCGGCGUCACACCGGUUCGAAACCGUACUCCUGUAGCGACUGUGGCAAAGGAUUCGCCGAGAGCAGUAACCUGAAGGUGCAUAUGAUGCAGCAUACGAACGAAAAACCACACGUCUGCACCGUGUGCAAUCGAGCGUUUGCGCGGGUAUAUCUCCUGCAGCUGCACCAACGGACCCACACGGGGGAGAAACCGUUCGGAUGUGAGGUAUGUGGGAAAGGAUUUUCACAGCAAAGCGAUCUUGCCGCGCACCGGCGCAUUCACAGUGGCGUUCGACCAUACGUGUGCAGUGUGUGUGGCAAGGGGUUCAUCAAGAGUGCCGCCUUGACGCAGCACAAGAAAAGCCACGAGAAACAUUUGCUCAUAGGAGACAUGGACGAUUCGGAAGGAAGCUCUCUCCGGAUGACCGAACAAGAUGAGUUUGAGUCUUCGUAACGGAAGCGUGCUAUAAGAAACGAAUAAAAUUGAUCCAAGAGUGACAUUCCUCUA